GUGAAAGUAUCUUGGAUUACAGCGCAUUCGAAAUUUUUCACUCAUAUAAAUUGUUUCAGUACUAGCCUUGCAACAACAUACGGUACUGCGUUGCACAACUCCGGGCUGAACCGGCAUGUAAACAGUAACCGAACAUCGCAUCGAAAUUUGUCCGGAUGCCCGAUCGCCUAUCAGCAAAGACUGGCGCGCAAAGCAAAUAUUUCGGAUGUAAAAUUUUGCCUUUUUUGGAUUGACAUAGGUCAGCGAAUUUAGUU